AUUGUUAACCUUCUCAGUUGACCGUGACUUCAACGAUCCUGUAUCGUUAAUUAGCGCAGUAUGGCGUCCUCGCAUAUCCUGGGGUAUAGUAAAAGUAGUCGUGCUGCUUGCCAUGGACCCCCGCCUUGUAAAGGGAGCACCAUUAAGGCUGGAGUAAUUAGGUAUGGUUAUGUCAAUCAAGGACCGUACGCACAGACAGUAGAAUGGCGCCAUUGGGGUUGUGUGACGCCAGACAUACUAAACAGACUCGCGCAUAUUCAACUUGAAGAAGUUCGAGGCUUCGAAGACUUGUCGACACAAGACCAGAAUAAGAUCAAGAUUGCAGUAGGUCUUCGUAGGGUGGAUCCUGCGGAUGUACCAGCUAGUGCCAAACCCGAGCCCGCUCCUCAAGCCCAGGCUGCAAAACAAGCAAAUGGCGCUUCUACAAGUGCUGGUCCAAGUCAAAAGAAACGCAAGGCAACAUUCGAAACUCAAUCCGGACCUUCCUCGUCUCAGCCGUCUUCGUCUCAACCCUCGGCUUCUCAGAGCAGGUCUCCUGUUUCUCGUGGGCUCCGUCGGAUAACUGUACCGACUGCUACCCAACUUGCUGAAGAUGAGAUUAUUGAGGAUACGGGACCGGAGGAAGUCAUUGACGAGUUGUACUGUUCUUUGAAGACCAGUAUCGUUGGAGUUCAAUAUUACAAAGGUCUCGUCGGCUCCGGCGAAGAGGUUAGGCUUGUACGCGAGCCGCACAAUAAAUACGACCGCAAUGCUAUCAAGGUCGAGAACAUUGGCGGGACACAAGUGGGACAUGUUCCACGCAACGUUGCUGCCAAACUUGCACCCUUAAUGGACCAAGGCAUGGUCACAGUAGAAGGCAUGAUGCAUGAAGGCAACUUGCAAGGAUUCAGCUAUAGUCUGUCAAUGACCAUCAAGAUAUAUGGCGCAGCUGACAAAAGACAUAUCUUGGAACCCAAGCUCGUAUGGGCGACACCCGGUCAACGCGGAUUUACCUCCACUCGUGAUGGUGCAUCGUCGUCGAAAGUCGCGCGUCGAGGCGCGUCGAGCGCAUCUGCGGGCCCUUCUGCAGGCCCGUCUGCAGCUUCCAUUGUGGCUGGCCCUUUGUAUGCAUCUUCUUCACAGUCAUACGCAUCUGCAGUUGCACGUCCCGUCGUUGCCCAGUCAGCUGCUCAACUGGAGGCUGCUCAAAAGCAAGCUGAGGCCCUGGCCAGAGCAGCUGAAUUGCGCGAUAUACUGAAUAAUCUCGAGAAAGUAGAUGAUGAGGGUAGACGGAGUGGCCUAUUGGAUACUUUGUGCUCCACAGGCGACGUUUUGAACUUACCGCAGCACGAAAACCCUCCGGGUCUCGCGACUGGUGAUCUUAAAGUCAAUUUGCUGAAGCAUCAGAGUCAAGCCUUAAAGUGGUGUAUCGAGCAUGAAUACCCCGUUCUACCUCAACUGGAGUCGGACAAACCGGUACAGUUCUGGCAACUGAGGAAAGCUGGUGGCAAGACCUUCUACUUCAAUUUGGCUACGAAGACUCCUCAAAUGGCGCCUCCGCCUUUGGGUAGAGGAGCUCUGUGUGCGGACAGCAUGGGUCUGGGUAAAACCUUGACUAUGCUUUCGUUGAUUCUCGCAACCAAAGCGGACGUCCCGAAGGUUUUCUCUCGAUGUAGCUUGAUCGUUGUGCCCCUUUCUGUCCUAUCCAACUGGGAAAAGCAAAUUGAGGACCACGUUCAGCCGAAUGCCUUGACUUACUGCGUCUACUAUGGCACUGGACGGAAUCUUACUGACAAGGAGCUCCAACAGUAUGACGUCGUAAUUACAACCUACCAAACCGUCGUUGGAGAGCAUGCGCCUGGUGUUGGCAAGGGCAAUGGCGAAGGUCCAAGCAAGAAGAAGCAGAAAGUGCAGAGAACUUUGUUCGAUAUGAAAUGGAAGAGAAUCAUUCUUGAUGAAGGUCAUAAUAUCCGGAAUCCAAAGACCAAGAUGGCGAAGGCUGUCAACGGUCUAGAAGCUGAACGCCGAUGGGUGUUGACUGGUACUCCAAUUAUCAAUGCACCUCAGGACCUUGGCUCGAUUCUUACAUUCCUCCGCAUUUGUCGCCCUUUGGAUAACGAGGACUUCUUCAAACGCAUGGUACUCCGUCCGCUCAAGAAUGGAGACCCCAACGGCGCCGAACUGCUUCGGGCUCUUAUGAGUCAUGUUUGCAUUCGCAGGACUAAAGAGAUGCAAGACAGCGACGGGAAUCAUCUCGUUCCUCUGCCUCCUGUCGAGAUGACCGUGGUACCCGUAGCGUUGGAGGGACAAGCAAGGGAAAUGUAUGAUGCUAUUCAAGAGCUUUCCACAGAACGUUUCAACAACCUGCUUCUAAAGCAUGGUAGCGUUGGCUCUGCCGCGGUGCAGUCGAAUGUCCUCAGUAUGCUCACCCGGAUGCGACAACUGGCGCUUCAUCCUGGACUUCUUCCGGCCAACUACCUUGAACAACUUCGUGCUGCCAACGAGCUCGAGGAUGAGAUUUCUGCCCCUGUCAUUAACCUGAAGCCCGAGGAUAGAAUUCGCUUGCAAGCCAUACUUGCUCAGGCUAUUGAAGAUAACGAGGAAUGCCCAAUCUGCUUCAGUAUCUUAAUUGAUCCUAGGAUCACUACUUGCGCACAUAUGUUCUGUUUGGCCUGUAUCUCUGAGGUCAUCUUUCGUGACCCCAAAUGCCCAAUGGAUCGACGGCCAAUCACUACUGGAGAUUUGGUUGAACCAGCACCGCCCACUGACCUCACACAAACCCCUGUUCUUCCAUCGGAUACAGAGGAAGAGGAUUUGGACGGACUACGGUCAGGCUCUUCAGCCAAAAUAGAUCAGCUUGUCCAUUUGCUGAAGUUGACGCCGCUGACCGAAAAGUCUCUUGUUUUCUCUCAAUUCACUGGUUUCCUCGACAAGAUCGCUGAAGUCCUUGAAAAAGAGGGGAUAUCCUACGUGCGCUUUGAUGGCAAGAUGUCCGCUAGGUCGCGCCAGGAAACUCUAGCAAAAUUCUCUAUCCCAAUCACCGACGAAGACGUCGCAUCCAUCCCAGCCACACAACCCUCGUCUGGUCGUCCGUCAAGGCAACGAAUGCAAUCCAGUCAGGCUGUUAUCGACGUGGGCGCGGAUGACACUAACGACGCCGACUUCGUCAUGGCGGAUGGCAGAGGUGAUAGCGAUUUUAUUGAUGACGAAGAUGAUGCUCCUUCUCCCGCUAAGAAACGCAAAGGCAAGAAGAAGGCAACUGUUAAGACUCGGUCAUCCGGCACUCGAGUCUUGGAUGGUUCGGCCUUCGAGGGAGAAAACCCACGGGUCAUGUUGUUAUCGCUGAAGGCUGGUGCUCUUGGUCUCAACUUAACAGUUGCCAAUAACGUCUAUCUGAUGGAUCCCUGGUGGCAGGAGGGUAUCGAAUCUCAAGCUAUUGACCGAUGCAAUAGGAUUGGCCAGACGAAGCCUGUGCGGGUCUACCAACUCAUCGCAGAGAAUACUGUCGAGUCCAAAGUCAUCGAUAUUCAAGAGAAGAAAAAGCAGUUGAUCAAACACGCUUUCUCUGGCAUCAAAAGUCGAGAGACCCAACGUCAGAAGAAGGAGGCCAGACUCCAAGAAUUAAUUGAGCUCUUCGGAGCACGACAAACUACCACUCAAGGUGCUGCCAAUGAUCAAGCAACGUUAGAUGGCUGGCAUGCAACCUAGAAUGCUACUCAGGCUUAUAUUCCUUGAUAUUGCUUCUGCUUCAUUUUCUUUGCAAAUCGUGUUUUAUCGGACAGAUGUUAUUGACAUUCCUAGAAUCCCCAUGUAGAAUGUUAGUACGGUCACCUACAUUACAGGGCUGUGUCGUCCAGAUAUAUCCGGAUCGUUGUUGUAUUAUACUGUACAUACCACAUGUAUUGAAACACAAUAUGCUAUGCAUGGUGCAAUGGUCUCUGAAGUUCG